CCACAGUUGGAAACACUGCUUUAGAUUAACUCUCUCUUCUACUCCCUUGCUUCUUUUAUCACUUGAGGAAACAUAAACAUGGCACCCAAACCGACAAUUCUCUUCAUUCACGGAGCCUGGCACACCCCUGAAUACUUCAAUCCUGUCAUCGAUAAACUAGAAAAGCUCGACUACCCAUGUUGCACUGUCUCCUUGCCAUCAGCAGGUGGAAACGACUCGGCAACGGCGAAGGACGACGCGGCCGUGAUUCGGAAGAAGAUAUCUGAGCUAGUGUCUGAUGGAAAGGAGGUCGUACUUUCAAUGCACUCCUAUGGUGGGAUUCCAGGUACCAUGAGCGCAGAGGGGUUUCUUCGGCAGGACCGUGAGAAAGAGGGGAAUCGCGGUGGAGUUAUAUCUCUCGUCUAUAUCGCCGCGUUCCUUCUCCCAGAAGGGUCAUCAUUGGUGUCAGUUCUCGGCAUGCCGCCCUGGAUCAAGGUCGAGGGUAAUCGUCUGACGCCCACUGACCCCCGAAAGAUCUUCUACAACGAUGUGCCUCCGCAUGUGGCGGAUGAGUACAUCUCAAACCUUUCGUUCCAGGCCUUGCCCUCCUUUGAGUCGCCAUUGACUUAUCCGGCAUACCAGCAUAUUCCAGUCAAAUAUAUCGCAUGCGAGCUUGACAACUCCAUUCCGAUCGCCAUACAGAAGGAAAUGGCAACAUCCGGUUGCUCUACUCCGGCAGACAUACACUACUUGAAAACGGGUCAUUCUCCCAUGGUGAACGCGCCGGAUGAAGUUGUGAAGAUUAUCCAAGAAGCUGUCGAAAUGGCGGGAAAGUCUUAAGUUGCGGCGGUGCAUCUAGUUCUCACCUAACGGCUACAAAUGUCCAUUAUUUACUGGCGCCAUCUUCAAGUGUAUUGCAGGGAUAGUGGGAUGGAUCUAGCCAACUCGUCUCCUCAAUUGUACUUAAUAUUGUUAGUUAG